CCGGCCCUAUUAACACCCCCCCCCACCCAGCAAUCAUCAGCUCUCGUCGUAAUCAUUGAGACUAUUAGGGAGAAAUGUUGGCUCGCAGCUCAUGUCAGACUUUGCGUUCUGCUUUGCAAACGCGCACAAUUAAUGCCAAUCAGGCGGGGGAGCAGCCAGCUCGCAAUCACGGCUGCUCCGGCGCGGCUGUCAGCGCGUCCCAGCCCGCCUCGUACAUUUUCAUACAAUUGCUAUAAACAGCGGAGGGGAAACUCCUCGUUCCUCGCCAGCCGCGGGUAUUGUUCUCUGUUCCUUUUAAUUACUCGCCAUUCAGCAGCUCCUCCGGCCUCGGAUCGGGGCGGGCAGAGCAGGGCUUUGGAAAGCAAAGAGAGAAAUCUCAGCCGUGCCUGGUUUUGCCAUGCAUGAGGUUGUCUGCAGCUAAAGGAGAAAAGCAUGGUUAAUUCUUUGUCUUUCUCUUCUCCCCCCUUCACAUUGCAUUGUUUUCUCCCCUCGGGGGCCCAAGCUGGCCCCGCACCCCCAGGGAACCCCGAAAGCAGGGCGAGCUUGGGAGAAGUGGAGGGGGAAGAGCUGGAAUUACGUGACCGGGUGGUGGUAUAAUCCUCGUUACAAAAGUACACAUCAAUUAUAAGAAUUCCUACAGUAAUCUCAGAAAUCUAUCUUUUCUGCUGAACCAGCUCAUUAAAGAGCACCAUUCAUUUCCAUCUCUCCGGGUGAGAAGGGUUUAAAUCUCCAGAGCUUUAUAUUACCAAACAGACUCAGGGUGAUGGACUCUCGUUAAAUAUUAAAACAGCAAAGUUGAUUUUUAUUAUUUUUUCCCUUUUCUCCCCUCUUUUCCUCCAGACUGACAGCUCAGACGAAGCGUAAGGCGGUGAGGGUGGUGGUCCCCACUGUGAAUAGCAUCCCCAUGUGUCAGUGAGGUGAUGCUCAAUGGGUGUCUUUGAGCACCCCAUGGCUCCCCUCACCCCCCCCCGGACACCAGCCAGUGCCAUGGAGGAGGGAGGGAGGUUUCCUCAGGCCACCCUGGCAAGCUCCAGAGCCUGCGCUGGACCCGGGCACCGGCACAGGCAGGGCUUUUGUGUGCCGGGGGGCAGCGGCUGGCUGUGGGGUGAGGGACGGGCACAGAGCCCCUUUGUGUGCAGCUGCACCCCGCGGCAGCGGCGACGGGCAGGGCACAGGCUGGCAGCGGGGCCGGCGCUGCCCACCCGGAGGCCAGGACCAUGCUGGCGUGUCUGCAGAGGACCCAGAACCCCCCAGCCCAACACCUCGCCUGCCCCAACAAGGCACUGGAGCCGCGCAAGUGUGAGACGGCGGCACCGAUGCAUUCCCCGCGCUACCCCAGCCCCGCCGAGCUGGAUGCCUACGCACAGAAGGUGGCCAACAGCCCGCUGACCAUCAAGAUCUUCCCCACCAACAUCAGGGUCCCCCAGCACAAGCACCUUAACCGGACGGUCAAUGGCUACGACACCACGGGGCAGCGGUACAGCCCCUACCCCCUGCACGCCGGCGGCUACCAGGGUCUCCUGGCCAUCGUCAAAGCCUCCGGCAAAAGCGUGGUGAAGAACUCGGAGGGGAAGCGGACUAAGCUCUCGCCCGCCCAGGUUGGCGUCGCUCCCUACCCCGCCUCAAGCACUUUAGCUCAAGGUCCCUCCUGCGCCGCGCAGCUGAGCUACCACGGUGGCCAGAAGCAGCUGGAGGGUCCCGUGCCCCCCAACGUGACAGUGGCAGCCUCCGUGCUGCCGCUGGCGGGCAGGAGCCUGGCGCUGCCGCCGUCCAACCUGCCCUCCAUCCAGAGCAUCAUCUACCAGAUCAAUCAGCAGUGCCAGGCGCAGGGCGCGCAGCCGGGCUGCCCGGCUGUGGUGGCCGCCAACCCCAGCCCGGCCAAGCACGGCACCUUUGCCGGUGCCUACGCCGGCGCCGUGCUGCCCGAGUGCCGCAAGGGCGCUGAGCUGGCGCUGGGCUCCAACCCGACCGCGGCCCUGGCACCCAAGGCAGGGGUGUACCCCGAGGGCAUGGACUACCUGGUGUGGCAGCAGAAGCAGCAGCAGCAGCACCUGCGGAUGUACAGCGGGGGAAGCGGGGGGGCCCUCAGCAAGUCCCCCGAGACGUGUGCGGGUGCGUCGCGGCCCUACGCGCUGGGCGGCGCGGCCGAGAAGGUGAGCUCGUCCCCAUUGAACUGCAUGCACGGGAACUUCUCGGUGGGGCAAUACUUUGCCCCGCCUUGGAACAGCAUCUUGGUGACCCCCAACAGCGACUGUUACAACCCACCCGAGCUGGGGGCCGGGCCCCGCGACCUGGGGGUGCCCCCGGGCGAGGGGCUGCCCAGCAAGACCCUCUGCAAUACCUCCAUCCUCAGCAGCAGCCUCCAGUCCCUGGAGUAUCUCAUCAACGACAUCCACCCGCCCUGCAUCAAGGAGCAGAUGCUGGGCAAGGGCUACGAGACCGUGUCUGUGCCAAGGCUCUUGGACCACCAGCACGCCCACAUCCGCCUGCCCGUCUACAGAUAAGGAACCGAUGCUGCUCUUCCCAAACCCAGGGCGAGGAUCCCGGCGCAAGCCGCGCUCCCCUCCGGCACCGCGUGGGGCCCGGACCGAGGCAGCGAUGGUGGCAGGGGGACGGGGAGGGGGGGACACACGGGGUCGGCUGCCAAAAGGGCUCCCGGGACACCGGCAUCUCCCCGGGGUGCCCAGACUGGAUUGAGCCGCAUCCCGCCGGGAGGACCAAGGACCACUUGUCUAUCUCUAUAGCUCAGAAAUCAUUUUAUCUCCACGAAUGUGAACAGGGAAUCGCUACGAGUUGCUGCUAUCCAGGGAGAGGAGGCUCCGACCCUGCGGGCGCCCGGCUGGGUCCAUGCGGGGCAGAGCCCCCUGUACUGGGCUCACCGCAACUGGUCCCAGCCCGGUGCCCGCAGGGAGCCGGUGCCUGACCUGUAGCUGAAGUCCGUAACUUGCACUGCUUUGAUUAAAGCUAAUAACUGGGGACAGUCUGGAGGCUAUUUAAGAGAAAAACACUUGAAACUUGAACAGAUUGUUUUGUUUUCGAAGUUAUUUUUUGUAGUGACUAGGCUGUACAUCUACGUGUUGGCUGCUACAGAGUCUCCUCACACCCCUCUUCCUCCUCCUCCUCUUCCUCGCCCGGCCCCGCAUUGGCCACUGGCUCCUAUUCCCAUUCAACCAGGGGGGUCAGUACCCAGAGGGACCCCCUCUCCCGCCCCCUUUCCCACCGCAGGUCUCACAAUUCCAGGCUGUUCCAUUUCCCCCUUUACUGUCAGUUCCACCUUGGUGCUGGGUUAGCGGUGACCACGGUACCGGGGGCACUCACAUACCUCCUCCUUUUCUCUUUUCAGUUCGGAACUGCUCAUUAGGUUCCGUUCUUCAUUACGUGUAAUGAUGUCUUUAAUAGAGUUAUCCAUUCAAAACCAGCUCCACACCACAGAAUACAAAGUGUUUUUGAUGUCUAAUGGAUAAAGAAGGAAAACUACCCCGAUGAAGCCCAAGGUGAUUGUGCUCGGAAGAGAGGUACUGUAUCCCUGAAAGGCCUGUUCAAGCACUAAGUGCAUUUACAAAUCUCUGAGAAUGUUUUUUCUUUUAUACUAAAAUUGACCAUUAUAUUCUACUGUGAGAAGUGCUGCUGCACUUAUAUUGUUUUAAAACAAAUGAAGAAAAGAUAAAAAAAAAGAAAGAAACACAAAACCCACAAGCCGUGUGUCCGGAUGGUGUUUUUCCCAAAGUAAAGCCAGGAUAUCGCUGGA